CUGCAUGAUUGUCCACAGUGCUUGUUUGGCACUGAGCUCUGUCCCUCCUCCAGUGAGCCCUGGAGGAGGCAGGAAGUUCCAGCUUCAGUGCGGUUGUUCUCGCAGCUCUGGUGCUGUUGGGUUCUUCCUCCACACUGCCAUGAACAGCAUGGAUUUGAAAUCUCACUGCCGACGCCCUUCAUUUUAUCAAGAUGAACUAUUUAUCAGGUGGCAUUUAACCACAUUUUAAUUCGGCCAGUUCCUUCUCUGUCCUGUUGAAAACCUUCAAUGGCCAACGUGAAAGUCGCAAUUCGAGUCCGUCCUCUAAACUCAAGGGAAAGUGUGGAUGGAGGGAGAAUAGCAGUACAGGUGGAUGACAAAGUGGUGAGAGUAAGAAAUGUGAAGCCGGAUGGGCGUCUGGAUGGGCGAGCCGAGGCUCCAGGUGACUCCAGAGAGAGAGUGUUAGAGUUUGGCUUUGAUUACUGCUACUGGUCCGUGAACCCCGAGGCACCCAACUAUGCAUCACAGGAAGAGGUGUUCCAGGAUCUGGGUAUGUGCGUGUUGGCUGGAGCAACUGAAGGCUACAAUGUCUGUCUGUUUGCGUAUGGACAGACGGGCUCAGGGAAGACGUACACCAUGAUGGGCAAUCCAGAUUCUAUUGGAUUGACGCCAAGGAUUUGUCAAGGGCUGUUUCAAUCUGGUAUAGACUCUCCUGAUGGACAGAACUGCAGAGUUGAAGUUAGUUUCUUGGAGAUCUACAACGAGCGGGUGCGUGAUCUGCUGAGAGGGCCGGACCAGAAAAAGCCAGCGGCCCUACGUGUGAGGGAGCACCCAGAAAAAGGGCCAUAUGUGCAGGGUCUCACUCAGCAUGUGGUGGAGGACAGCAAGCAGGCAGCAGAUCUGUUGGAAGAGGGCAUCGCUAACCGCAUCACAGCUGCCACACACGUUCACGAUGCUAGCAGCCGAUCACAUGCCAUUUUCAGCAUCCAGUACACGCAGGCGAUACUAGAGAAUAACCUUCCAUCUGAAAUAGUGAGCAAGAUCAACUUAGUGGACCUGGCUGGCAGUGAAAGAGCAGAUCCUAAUUACUGCCGGGAUCGGAUUACUGAAGGAGCCAACAUCAACAAGUCUCUAGUUACUCUGGGAAUUGUCAUAUCUGCUCUCGCUCAGAACUCUCAGAUGUGCAGUAGCAGUCAGAGCAUUAACAGCAUGCUGAGUGAGGGAGAAGCCAGCACGGUCGGGAGUCAGUCCAGCUCCCUGUCUAGCAGCAGCCGCAGACACUGCUUCAUCCCCUACAGAGACUCUGUCCUCACCUGGCUCCUCAAAGACAGCCUGGGUGGCAACUCCAAAACCAUAAUGAUCGCAACAAUCUCGCCUGCUUGCAGCAGCUACAACGAGACUCUGAGCACUCUCCGCUAUGCUGCUCAUGCCAAGAACAUUGUCAACAAGCCAAGAGUCAAUGAGGAUGCCAGCGUGAGGCUGAUCAGGGAGCUUCGUGAAGAGAUCGAUCGACUGAAGAGCAUGCUGCUGAGCUUCUCUAUGCGGAGAAACCCCAGCCCGUCUCUGAGUGAUGAGAGAGACAGCAGCCUUUCAGACAUAGUGCUACAGAAUGAACUCAAGGUGGAACAGCUUACUAAAGACUGGUCGGAGAGCUGGCGGGAUAAGCGAGCUCUUCUGGAGCAGUACAGUGUGGACAUUAACCAGGACAGGGCAGGAGUUCAGAUACAUUCUCUCCGACCCCACCUCAUCACCCUGGAACCAGACGUCCUGAGCACAGGAGUCACUAUUUACCACCUCCGGGAAGGAAUCACCAGAAUUGGACCUCAAGAUCCAAAUGAGGAAGAACCCCAUAUUGUCAUGCCAGAGGGUUCUGUUUGUGAAAUUGAGAAUCAGAAUGGAGUUGUUACCCUCAAACCCCUACCACACACAGCCUGCACGGUCAACGAUAGAGAGGUCACUGAACCUUGUCGACUCGCACAAGGUGCAGUGAUAACAUUAGGAGGAUGUCACAAGUUGCGGUUUAACCACCCUGCAGAGGCUGCAGUUCUGAGAGAGAGGAGACGUAUCAUUGAAGGUGGUCCACUUUUCAGCUCAUCUGAGCUUAGCGCUCUCACACAUAACUCAAGGGCAGAGGAUGUAGGCAGUCAGGAAGCCUGUGACAGGUUAGCUCCCUGGCGGAGGCUGGAGGAGCAUCAAUGCUACGUGGAAUGUUUGCGCGAGGAGAUCCUGCUGGAACAGAGAAGAGCUGAGAAAGACUUGGAGAGAGAGCAGGCCCAUCUUCGAAAGCAACACUCUGAGAUCCAGCAGUGGAUCUUGCAAGAAAAGCAGCGUCUUGUUGCCAUCAGGGAGAAGGGAACACUCGACUCAGGGGUGCAGACAGAUGUCGUUCCUCUGCCUGCACUGGCUGGCAUUAACGAGAAGGAGAACAGCAGUGAAACAGUGCGUCCAUCACUAAUUGUGGGUGAUAGGAAACGGGUGGUGCAAGAAGAGCUCCUGAAGCACCAUGCAUUCCGAAGAAAUGAGAAUCGCAUUCGGCGCAAAAGACUGCGCUACCAGCUGGAAAGAAUAGCUCGUAAGAGACACCUGCUAGAGGCAAAGCAAGAGCUUCAGAGACUGGAGACUGCCCUUUCACUCAGAGUUGAUGGACCUCUGUCCCCUGAUUUAGGAUCUCCUUCAAAGCGCAGAGGACGUCCAAUGGUCUUGCGAAGGCAUUCCUUUUCUGUUGACCUUUUAUCCCGACUUUACCCUCAGCAUUCACCCAUUUUCAGCCAGUUUCUUAGGAGGACCAAAUUAUCUGAGUCAACAUCAUCUCUGUCUAGGGUUAUCUUUCCUAGAAGAUGGGUGUCUGAUGAAUGUCUACCAGGCAAACCUAGAGGCCGCUCUAACACUAUGCCCUCAAGAUAUAGUCAAGCGACUUCAAGUAGGACAGGCUCCUCUGAGAACAUCAAAAUGUUAGGAAAGGAAAACAUACCAUCUGAAGGAAUGACUGAGAGAAACGCUCAAUCAUCAGUCUGGAAUCAUAACAUGGAUUCGGAUAAUAGAGAUAGUAAGAAGGUACUUCCGAUAAUAAAGCAAUCAAGUACACAAAAAAACUCAGCUAAGGAAGGAAAGAGUUCACCCCAUGAAGGAAACAAGGGCUUGGAGACAAUCCGCAAAGCUCUUUCUCGAUCAGUUGGCUUUGGAAUAAAGAUGGCUUUGUCAAGGGUUUUCCGCAAGCCUCCUUUAGGGUCACGAGGUGGCAAAAGUGCUAAGUCCGCUAGCAGAGCGAAAACUCAAUUUGCCAUGGAAGGAAAGAAAGACAAAUUUGUAGGAGACGUGGAGACAAAGCAGCUAAAGUCCUCUAUUAAAUCUACAGUGUCUUGUGAUGGUUUAGACCAGCUCAUCUCAUUAAAAGAGAAUAAGCAGGGACGCUGGCAUAGUGCAGAGACCCUGACUAAAAAGACCAUGAGAUGGGUCAAGACGCAACAAGAUCUGACUGACUGGGUAGAAAAAAAUGGUGAAGGAGUGGUUGAUGACUCUUCAGACUGUGACAGCCUUUUUUCAGUGGACUCCCUUUCAUCAGCCUAUGCCACUGCAUUGGCGGAGCAGCUUCAGCAAGAGGACUGUGAGCCGAGUGAAGUAGAGAGUGAGGACAGUCAGAUGUCCAAGGACUCACUUGUCAAGAAAAGUAGUGGGAGCACUGAUGCAAGGCCAGUUCUGAAGCUUGGUCACUCCAUUCGUCAUACUUUCCAUUCAACAUCUAAUCCACAAUCAACCACAGGUAGAGGAAAAAUAGAAGAAUCCAAAGAAAUGCCUGAAGAGCUUUUCAGGAGUCUACAUGGUCAAAAGGUAAUAAGACAAGCAAGAGAGGAAUCCUCACACUUCUCACAAGUAACAUCUGAUUCCCGGCACUCUAGUGAUGCCAAUGUCAGAGAAACAGAAGCUUUCCUUGCACUCACAGAUGCAUGGUCAUCCACUGAUGCAGCAGAUAGUCCUAGGAUCCUUGGGGCUUCAGAGACCUUGUUAAAACUAUGUAUACUAUCAGAGACCAGUAGCAGCCAAAGUCAGGCUAGUCUAGAUCUGUCUGGUACAACAACUGGAUCUGAAUGCCAGAUAUCACCCCAUUUUGAUUCUACACAAGGCAAUAAUGCGACAGUUAAGGAACAAAGUCACACAUCCUAUGAAAGGAAAACCGUCUUGGACUAUUUUUUGAGUGAUCUUACCUCUACGUCCUGUUCUGCACCUGAAUGCACAUUAUUGCAAGAAAAUAAUGGGCUGUUGAGUAAUUUUGAGGCACCGAGCACUUCUCUAGAGGCUUCCAUCUUUCAGAACACAAUGAGCAAGAACACAUAUUGCACAAACAAACCACCACCACCGGAAUUACUGCCAUUAGAAACGAAUGAUGAUGAUAUGCUAAUGGUCAAUGCACCUUCCAAAGAGAGUGCUGUUCUGUCUGGUUGGAGUUCUUCAGCAUUCCCAGGUAAUCCCCCCCCUGGUAAGAACUUAAAAAGCAGUUCUACAAAACAAACUGAACGUAUCCCAUCAGCUGAUGAGAGUGUCCUCACUAAAAGCUUUGCACCACAAAAUAACUUAAUAGAAUCAAAACAGGAAACACAGUCCGAAGAACGUUUCAUUGCCGAAACACAAUCCAGAAAUGGUAAUAUUUCCUCAAAAUGUGAUGGACAAACACAUCUAGAAAUUCAGCAUUUUCACAGUACACUUCAACCAGGAAGUGCUUUGAAAAGCAGUAAUAAGCAGAAACCCAUAUGCUCCAGUAAGGAACUCCAUCAGUCAGCAGUACAUAGUUUGAAAAUAGAGAAUGAUUUUCAGUGUGAGCCACUAGGCAUAAUGGAGCAUCUGAUUAACCAUGUUGAAAAGGAAGUAAGUGAUGAAAAGACCUUGGUGCAGCAUCAGGUUCAGUGCACAGAAAAAUGUUCAGAGUGCUAUGAUACAAGAAAUACAAAAGAUUACCCUUUUGAAAUGAACAUCAAGUCAGACCAUGCAAACGAAGUGGCUGGUUCUUUAAGACACUGUGAUGCUCAACUCGAACCCUUUAAUGUGCACACAAGAAAAAGAAGCAAAGAUUCUCAAGAUGAUUUAACAGGAAAUCUGAAAACCCCAAAGAGAAGCUGUGUUAAGUCCCUUGUACCUGGUGAUUCUGCUGUAAAUAAUGUGCCAUUCAUCAGCAGAGACUCAACAGGCAAACUGUUACUAACAGAAAAGGAGAUACCUGGAGAUAAUUUGUCCCAAACAUUUCAGCAAGAUUCUAAAACUGCAUCUAUGGACAAUCAUAUCAACAUGUACCACAACAGCAAUACUCCUGUUGCCAGAUCUCUCUCUGAAGACAGGCUUGCAUCUACAGUAACAAACGAACAGAAAGUGUCCAACAUUCCCAUGAAUAAAAGUGAAAUGCAGUGUAUGCCAGAUGUAAAAAUUUCUGAUGUUAUGGUUGUAGACAAAGGAGUGUUUGAGAGCUGUACAUUCCAAAAGAUUGGCCUUACGAUAAAUGACAAAAUAUCAGAAGUGGUGAAGGAACACCUGAACUUGUCAUUGCAAGUGGAUGGUGGUGAAGACAUUAAUGAAGAACCAGAGACAAACAACAAAACAUCCUCAGCACCCAACAUUUAUACUCUUAAGAACAAUAAUGAAAUUACAGCUGAGGGCUUACAAGGAGAACUUGACCGUUCUCAGACAUUUCCAUGUGUGACUGAAUAUUUUGUUGAUGAUGGAGAGAAUCUGGACAACACAGAUGACUGUUUGAGAGGCCAAUAUAUAGUAAAAAAUCCCACUGAGAAAGAAGUAAUAGACCACCAAGGAGUUGGAUUCCUUAGCAGUUGUCCAGCUUUGUUGGUGAAGAACAGUGCAGAAAUAGAAAAUUUAGAGAAUCAUAAUGCAUAUGGACCUGUGCCCCAAGAUUUGAAAAUAAAGUUACCAGAAUCAAACACUGUCCUAUGUCCAGUAACAACUGAUAAUCAUCCAGAAUUGUUAAGUACCAGCCAUUCCAAUGGUCUAAUCGAUGAAGUGAUCAGUGAAAGUAACACAACUAUACAACUGACAUUGAUGUCUACUUGUAAACAAAGCCCUGUAAUUUUAUCUUCUGAUUAUGUCACUGUGGCUGAGGAACAUGAUCAGUUCAGUCUGAUGAAAACAGAGACUAUACCAAUCGAUAAAGUCGUUCACAAUCCGGCUCCUACAGGAACAUCUGUAAGGAAUGAAGACAACGGAUUUGAUCUUUCAUCAUAUACACAACAUAAGCCAGGUAUUUAUCCUGAAGAAAACAGCAUUUCAGAAGCUUCAAAUCCUGAAACAGAGUCCAAUCGUUGCUCAGAAGCUGUUGUGGACCACAUUGCCUCAGACAUGCUUAAGGAGGCAGUGGAAGCAAGCAAAGUAAAUACGGCACCUAAAUUUCAGCAGGUGCAGGAGUUAAACACUGUUUCACAUCUUGACACUGAGUCAGCAAUUCAAUUUCAGAAGGAGAAUGAACACUCAUUUACUUCAGACAGAGCUGAACAUGUUCCAGGUACUGAUUCUAGACCACUUAAAAAACAAGUAUACCAAGAAUGUGCUGAAGAAAAACAUGGUUUUAUGACACAAGAACAACUUCAUGGUGGACAGAACACAAAUGAAACAGAGGACAAUAUCAUGGACUUUGAAAACCACACUUGUUCAGGAAAACUACAUAAAGAGACCACAGUUUCUAAAUCUUGCCAGGCUCUAGUGGAGCUACAGAGAGACAACCAAACACAAAUCAUCCAAAGUGUCAUUAUGAGUGAAAUGCAUUCAAGCUGUCCUCAAAAUGAAGAUCAAUCAUUGUGUAAAGAGGACCAUACACUGCAGAGAAGGAAAAUUCAGGAACAGUGUGUGAAUGUUCAAAAAGAACAGAAGCAUUCAUACCAACCUCAAUCUCAAGACUUAUCCAUCCUUUCUAAGUCUGUACAAAGACCAGAGCAGACAGACAUGAGAGAGGCAAAUACACCGGAGCUUAAAUUUUCUACAUCUGGGUCGUUAGACUUGAAAGAACCAAUUCAAGUUCAAAUUGAAUCUACUGAAAAAACUAAUGGAGUGAAACAGCAUGCAACAAUAUAUAGUUCAAGACUCAUAUUUUCUAGGACUAAUGAAGAGCGACAGAGAGUAAAGCCAAAGAGACACAGGAAAGCCCAUUUUACAGCUCCAAUAAGUUCAUCCACUGAUUCAACACCUGAUUCAUCCUUAGAUGAGAUAGCUAAAUCCAGAAUACAUAAAUGUGGCAUUGCCACUCCAGCCAUACCUGGCACAUCUGCUCCUGGAAAAGCAACAACAGAAAAUAGAAAUAGCUCAUCUGAUGAAUCAAGUUCAUUUCUGUCUUUAGAAAUUAGUCCAGGAUCAACAGCAUCAAAAUCAAAACAUAAUCAGUGUUAUGGGACUGGCUCUGAUAAUCCAUACUUUUACAUCAGAGAUGUUACCACAGAGGAAGUGAGACAGAAAAAAUGUAAUUUUACGGCAAAGCUAUUUAAAAUUCCUGGUCAAUCAAAGGAUGAUGAAACAAUUCAGUUAACCAGAAGCAAUUCUACUAAACAUGUAUCACAUGAAAAUAACAACGAGAGACCAAAAUCAUUUGAGAAUGAUUCCAUCCAAAAUAGAGAACCCAUUCUACAUUUUGGCUCAAGUGACAUCAACCCCUUUGUUCAUACAAGAAAAAAGGAUCGGUUACUUGAAGCUGCAUACAAAAAUCAGCCAUUUGGAAGUGCAGUCAAUAUACCCAGUCAGCUUUCCUCACUUGAAAGUUCAGGCAAUGGUAUAGCAAGAUGCUGUAGUAUGGACAAUGGGUUGAAUGUCCAGAAUUCUCCUUUCAGUUCUCAUCUGAGCACUUAUGCAGUCCAGAAGGGGCUUUCUAGCACAUUGAGUAGUGCUGAAGAUUCCAAAGAACAUAUUUCUACAGAACCCAAGCUGAGGGAAGCUUUUCGUACCCCAAAUAUUUGUAAUGAGAAGAUCUUAACAGCUUCAGGCAGUGGCUCUUGCAAUGAUACCUUAGACUUAGCCAGUAGUUCAGGCCAAGUAGAUGAAAUAGUGCUGGUCUACUCUUCUGAACAUGAAAGUCAGGAAAGUAAGCAAGAUUCAAGAAAAUGUGACCAUGGUACCCAGACAGUCAAGUUUUAUGAGGACCAGGAGAAGAAGAACAGACACAGAAGAAGCAGUACCCAGGUUCCUGUGUCCAGACAGGCACAAGAAAGAUCAACCACAUGGACAAGUCUACAGAAUAUGUCUGAACAUCUUUCUGAGUUGAUUCUCAGCACGUCUGAUCUUCUGGGGAACAUUCAGUGUAUGAGAACAGGGGGAAAUUCUUUGGAAAAUACGCCUCCUUUAAAGACUUGCAGUAAAGUUUCAAAGGUAAGUUCUGACAACUAUUGCAAGAGUGAUGGCUCCACCCAAACUGCCAUAGAUGUUGGGAUCCAAACUGAGGACAUUGCACUGCUAAUGAAGCAGAACAAAGUUCUCCAGCGUACCCCGCUCGUACAGAACCCCAAAUCUCAUGAGGUCAAUGUGAUCGUCAAAGUUAUUGGCUCCGAAGUUUGCAACGUACCAAAGCACAAUGGUGUCAUCAAAUCUAUUAAAGAUCAGUGUGACAGCAAACAGACCUUUGAAACUGUUAAACGUAAUCCUGACUUGUGUCCUGGAGGCUCACCUUCCUCUGAGCAGUUUAGUGGAAAGUUAGACACUGUAAAAAUUCUCUCCCUAGAAACAGUUGCACCAAAUCAGCACUGUUUCAAUCCUGUCACAGUAGACCAUAAAGCUUCCAACGCUUUUGCAUUUACAGAAAGGGAAAAUCAAAUCUGGUACAAUCCACACCCCCACUGA